ACCAAUAUCUAGAUUUUGGACAAAAACAUCAAAAAUCCUAAACCCACAAAAGCCCUAAUCCUUCAAGAGGCAGGAGUGUUUGCCCAACAAAAACCCUAGGACCUCUGCCAGAAUCCAUCUACUACUCUCAUCUUGAUUAUACCUUCAAUCACGCCGCAAUGGAGACGGAGAGACUAUCCUAUGGUGGCGGCGGUGCUCAUGUGGCGGAAGCCUUCAGUUUGAUGGUUCAGACGGUUUUGGUUGCUGAGAAAUCCAUUUGUUGGCUUCUGUUUCUGAUCGGAUCGAUACCCAACAAUGAUGAUGCUCUCUCAAACUUGCUUGAUGCAGAGAAGAGAUUUCCUUUAAGUGAUCUUAACAAAGUUGCAAGCCCUGAUGCUGAAUGCAAGGACGCCAGUGAAACAGAGGAUGAUAGUGACGAUGAUGAAGAUGCUGCUGUUGGUGAAGACAGUGAUAAUGAUGCUGAAGAUUCAUCUGGAGAAGACAAUGACGAUGAAGAAGCAGAUCCCGACAGUGAUUCAGAUGCGAAUGAUGAUGGAGAAGAUGAUGAUGAUGACGAUGAUGAUGAAGACGACGAUGAUGAUGAUGAAGAUGAUGAUGAUGAAGAUGAGGAAGAAGAUGAAGAGGAAGAGAACCAACCACCCUUUAAGAAGAAAAAGUAG